AUGGCACACUUCUUGAUCUUCACAUUGAUCCUCGCAGCCCAUGGCAGUGAGAUUCAGGUGGUGUCCAAUGAUUUCUCCUUUGCCAUGGUGAACCACGCCACUGGCCUCGCUGAGUGUUGGGGUGACGUGAAGUAUGGUGGGGACUGCAGCGGGGUCAACUUUGCCGGAGUUCGUCAGGUGAAGGCCAACUCUCGCUCGAUGGCCGUGCUGACCAGCACCGGCGGAAGCUGCUGGGGCUAUACUGCCUAUGGAGGUCAGGGUGACUGCAGCACCAUAGGCCUUUCCGGCAUGACGGAGCUCCACUCAACGGACUUGAGCUACUUGGCCUUCGAUGCGGUCGGACAACGAGGCAUUUGUUGGGGCCAUAGCUCGUAUGGUGGCUCCUGUGGCGCCAUCGACUUCAGCCAAGUGACGAAGAUCAGCAGCAACAAGUACGCCUAUGUGGCCUACAGUGCUUCCACACACACCUUGCAGUGCUGGGGUUCCAGCUCCUAUGGCGGCAACUGCGAGGCCUCCGCCUUCACUGGCAGCAGCCUUAGUGAAGUCACCGAGCUCAUAGCCUCCAUUGGCGCCUUUGUCGCUUUCGAUCGAACGGCAGGGACCAUCAGCUGCUGGGGCAGCAGUGCGUAUGGAGGCGAUUGCAGCUCAGUGACCUUGACGGGCAUCACGGAGGUGCACACCAACGGCAAGGCCUUUGUGGCUUUGAACAAGAACUCCGGCCUGGGCCAGUGUUGGGGGGGCAGUGGCGGCAACUGCAGUGGCAUCGACUUCUCCGGAGAUGUGCAGAUCUACUCCACUCAGUCAGCUUUUCUGGCCUGGAAGUCUGGCAGUGGACAGUGCUGGGGCGAUCUCACACGGGGCGGAAACUGCAGUGCUGUGAACUGGGCUUCAGUGAAGCAGAUUUACAGCAACGACUAUGCCUUCUUGGCCUUGGACAGCAGUGGUGUGGCGCAGUGUUGGGGCUUGGAAGGCUAUGGCGGCAACUGUCAGGUCGGCAACCUUGAUGGCUUUGAGAUCUACUCCAGCAGCACGGUCUUCGCAGCCAUCAACUCCAUCACGGGUCUUGGCCAUUGCUGGGGCCAGGAGACCUAUGGUGGCAGCUGCAGCACGCUGGACUUCACAGGUGUCACUGAUGUUUGGGCCAAUUCACGCGCAUUUCUGGCUGUGGACCGCAACCUGCAUGGCCAGGCAUGGGGGGCCUCUGCCCAGGGUGCAGAUGUGAGUGCAGUGAACUUCCUUAAAGUCUUGACGAUGCCCACCACCGUGACCCAGACGACUUCACCAACGUCUGCAACAGCCACCCGCACUGUGACAGGCACCACAGUGACCGCCACCAAGACUGACACAGCCACCCAGACCACGGCAACUGUGACCGGAACAGGCACGACGGUUUCCGUGACUAACACCGGGACCACAGUGACAGGAACCACUAGCCUUACAACCACUCUGGCCCCGACGGUACCUCCAACCACAGAGCUCCCCUCUACGUCCUCUACCUCAAGUGCAUCAGGGCAAUGCCUUUUCAUUUGCCAUUGGUUUAUGCGAUCCAACCGAUUCAAGAGUCGAUUUUGUGGGAUGGACUUCUGCAGUGGCUGUGAGCAGUGUGAUGGUGAUGAGGUGUCUGAGACAACCACGACCACAGUUGAGAUGCCCGUGUGCAGUGAGGUUUGCAAGCAGUACAAGGGUUCUGCUGCGAAUGGCGGUUGGAAGAAGAUGGCCCUCCUGUGCGUCCAAGAGAAGAAGAAUGGCAAACACAAGUGCUACGUUUUUGCCACGAUCUUCGUGGCCAGCGGCGGUUUUGUGUUCCAACCUGCCGCGGUGCGUUUGAUUUGUAUGCUGUAUGCUCGUGAUUGGCCAAUCCGUUCGAACACCCUGCCAUGCUGCCAGCUCUGGGAGCGCAAAGGUGAUCCUGAAAAGUGUAAAGCCUUGCUUCUCUACAGUCUGCAGAGGGCGGCAGAGGCGGUGCUUGCUGAACGGCAGGUGUGCUGCUGUCCUCAGGGGGUCCAACGGCCUGCGUUGGUUCCAACUGAGGCUCCACCUGAUGGGCUUCAGAGGCUCCUCCCGGACUUCGAGGCACUGGCUGCUUCCAAGGCAUCUUGGGCGAUGGAUAUUUGCUCUUUGGCUGGCAGGUUGCUCUCAGCCUUGGCGGCAAAGCUGUGGAAUAGUGGCAGGAAGACAGAUGCUGCCAGAUGGACGCAGAAAGCUGCAGAGCUACUAUCCGUGAAGCCAGAGGCAGCCGCUGAGGCAGCUGGCUGCUGGGUAUCUGCAGGGCAGUGCCUCCGGCUGAUGGGGGAUCUGGACGGCGCCCUCGUGUGCGCGCGCCAGGCCGUGCAGGUGUCGGAGGAUGCGGAGGCCCAGCUCCUGUGCUUGGAACUGAGCUGCGAGCAAGUGAAGGCGGGCCAUGAGACUACAGAGGCCUUCCUAUGCAUGCAGAAGCUGCACAAGCAGCCCUCCUUACGGCGUUCCCAAGCUGCGAGGGCGGCAGAGGCAGUGCAGAAGCAGCCCUCAGAGGAGCUGACCUUGGCCGGAUGGGAGCUGUUCGUGAUGUGCACGGCCAAGGAGGAGAGUGGGUCGAACUCGGACCUCUGUGGCCUGACGGUGGCUGCGCAGCUGGUCACCCGGGCUGCAGAGCUCCAGAAGCCCAGCGAGGAGCUCCAGCGGCUUUUGGCACUGGCGUCCCAAGCGGCCGAUGCCUGUCGUGCGCCCUUGAUGGCAGAGCUUCGCUCCGGAAGUGGUGCAGGGAGUUGGGCAAUUCGGCAGCUGGUGCUGGUGGCAUGGAGUCAAGGCCAAGCCUUGGGCCGCAGCGGUCAGUGGUCCUGGUCCUCCGCCAUGUUUGCCGCCGGCCACCAGCUCCUGGCCAGCUGCGAAGCCCCGCCACCGGUGCCACCGAGUCCAGCGCCGGACAGGUCUUCGGCGAGGGCGCGCGAGUUUGUGGAUGCUCGUGCUUGGUGCCUCAUCAGCGAUGCUUCAGCGCAGCUGCAGCAGGCCAAAGAAGAUGGUGGAAGCCUGAAGGGUGCAAUGGCCUUGCUGGAGAAGGCUCACAGGCUUUGCCAGCGCUCCCGGGAACUUGAGAAGCAGGGCAUUCAUGGAGAGGUGCCCUUCUCGAGUGCGGCCUCGUGUCAGCGGCGCUUCUUGAUUCUGGUACUCUUGGAGUUUGAGGUCCGAUGUCUUGAGGGGGUGGCAGAGCAAGAGUUGAGAUGCUUCGUUGACGAGGCCACCUCGUCGGAGAGAUUGAGUGUAAAGUGCCUGCUGGCGCUGUCGAAGAUUGCAGCUUCCCAAUCCCGCCGAAGGCUUGCCAUUCAUUGUCUUCAAAGUUACUUGAUCCGAUCCACCGGAGGGUCUGACCCAGACUUUGAGCAGAUCCUACCGGCCUAUCGCGAGAUCUUGUCCUUGCAUGCCUGCCGCAACGACUGCCUGGAGGUCUUUGACGGCAUCCUGAACGUGCUAAAGAGCAAGUCGGUAAAUGUAUCAGAUGAACGUGAGAAGCCAUGCGUCAAGGAUGAGAUCCAGUGGCUGGUAGCAACUGCAUGGAACAAUGGAGCUCACUUCUUUCGCUUGCAGCACUAUCGGUGGGCUGAAGAGUGGAUGAAGAAGAGCUUGGCUUUGGCCAAGUUCAGCCCAGGUCUCCCAUCUGAGAAGAUGACGGAAGGCUACAUGGCCUGCUUGAAACAUUGCACGUGA